AUGAACUUCGAGGACAAAUCUUUGCCUCCUGAGCAAUUUCAUGUCAAGCGACGGCGAGAGGAGGAGCCGGUUGACACGCUUUACAUCCAAUCCGAGCUUCAGCAAAAGAAGCGGCGUUUUACGGACUUUGUUUUUCAAAGAGUCAAAGGUCCGGAUGAUUCUGUUACUGGCGAGGCUGCUGGAGACGGCGUAUCGUCACCGUCGUCACCAGCUGCUGCAGCUCUCCAGAGCCGCCUUCGCAGUUCCAGGUCUGUGAGCACGUCUGGUUUUCCAGAUAUUAGACAGGGCAGACCUGCCGGUUUCCCAGCAGGAACAAGUGGUAUCCCCACUGUUCGAGCAACUUCGCCAGGCGCAGAGUUUCGAAGUGAACGGGCUCUGGCCGCCUCGCAACGUCAAGAAGCUGAGGCCAAACGUAAAAGGCUGCAGGAACCCAUCAGCAAAUACUUGGGUGUUUCGGAUGGACUCUCAGAUCGUGAGAAUGAGAAAUCUGCUAGUAGUUCAAGGGCUGCAACCCCUGCGUCGUCGCGCCAUACACCACCGCUCAGCGCGAGUCCCGCGCCAUUUCCGACGUCACUUCGUCGAUUUCACAUCUCCCGACCCAGCACUCCUUUGGGUCCUCUCAAGGGCAGUGCUGGAAGCGGGGUCAUGAAAGGCAAUACGCCCACUCGAGCUCGAGCCGUCCUUGUUGAGAAAUUAAUUCGUGCUCCAUCUCUCCGAGGCGCAUCAGUUAUUGAGACUUUGGAAAAGACAGCAGGCAGCAAUACUGAGGUCGAUACUGUGGUUCAGUCUCAAAUAGCCAAAACCGGAACCGACGAAGAAACCGCGCCUACGAGGAGAAAGCGACCUAUAGUCAACCAGGCAGAGAAGAAGUGGAGAGAAGAGCAAAAGUCGUCCAUUUCAGCUGCCAAGGAACAUCUGACUACUAAAUUUGAGCCUCAAGAGGAUGAUUUGGACAAGUUGGCGAAAGAACUUGAAGAUGUGAUGCUCGAUAUUGAAGCGGAGGAGAACCAGAUGGAUGUCCAUCGUAAAGAAGCUCCAUCUGCGCCUGCUCGUGUUGUCAUUCCGCGACCAAAUCGCCCUCUGAAAUUCAAGCCUCGGAGUCCUGGGACUCGAAGAGCAGCUCAGCCCGAGACGUCGCCUGCCAACGAGCAACACGACAAAAUGGAGCAAAACGCAGAUGCCGGAGCAGAAAGUGACGGCGACUACGUCUACGAUACUUACGUUCGUGUUCCCAUUCAUACAGUCACGUCCUCGGUGUCAGGAGCUGCGCCACAAUCAGACAUUACAGGAUACGAAGAUCCAUUAGCCGAGGCCAAUACGCCCGGCGGUAUCACCAUCGAUCCUACACGUACAGACGUUGGUGUCGUAGUAAUCACUUCUGACGACGAAGAGUUAUGGGACCAAUACCUCGAAGAUGAUCAGGACUCCGAGGUAGAUUGGGACGGUGACGAUGUUGAUUCCAACGCCGAAGAUAACCCGGCAAACGACUACCCGGAUGACGAAGUUUCGUCGGCAGACGAAUACGACGAUAAUCCGCGUAUUUACCAUCGUUACCGGAUGGCGCGGUCUGAUGAUGAGGAAUAUGAUGUUAAUGAGUUUGAUGAUGAGGUUGACUAUGAUGACGAUUAUCGAAAGCAUAUGUAUGACUAUGUUGGGGAUGAUGAUGACGAUGACUGA